GUUUCUGCAUUCCCCACCGCCCCGUCCAUUACUUUCUGCCUGCCAAGCGUGGCGGAGGUUUUUUUCCCGGCAGCAGAAGUCUCCAAGCAAGCGAUCCUCCUCGCAAUAGCCGGUGGAAUGAGCGAGUGUUCGAUUCCUUGUUGACAUCUUCGUUGACAACCUGUCACCAUGAAUAUGCAAAUUUUUAUAAUUGCUGGUGUUCUGGUACAUUGUGUGUUCCUGAUCUCUAUUUUUGACAUUUACUUCACCUCUCCUUUGGUCCAUGGAAUGACUCCUCAUCAAAUUCUGCUGCCACCACCCGCACAACGCUUAGUACUCUUUGUUGCAGAUGGUCUACGUGCAGAUUCGCUAUAUGGGUUGGAUAACAGUGGCAAUUCUAAUGCUCCUUACCUUAGGAAUAUCAUAACUUCAAAAGGCAGUUGGGGAGUAUCUCAUACUCGUGUCCCGACAGAAUCUAGACCUGGGCAUGUUGCUCUAAUAGCUGGAUUUUAUGAGGAUGUCAGUGCUGUUGCUAGAGGAUGGAAAGAAAAUCCAGUGGAAUUUGAUUCUAUUUUCAAUGAAAGUAAAUAUACUUGGAGCUGGGGAAGUCCAGAUAUUCUACCUAUGUUUGCUAAAGGUGCUACUGGUGAUCAUGUUUAUACCAAUUGCUACAAAGCUGAAAGAGAGGACUUUGGUGCUGAAGAUGCCUCUGUACUGGACACUUGGGUUUUUGAUCAUGUUAAGGAUUUCUUCAGCGGGGCUAGAAACAAUGAAACAUUGUUUUCUAAACUGCAUGAACAAAAAAUCAUUUUCUUUCUACACUUAUUAGGAUUAGAUACAAAUGGUCAUGCUCAUCGGCCUCAUUCAAGUGAAUAUAAGAACAAUAUCAGGAAAGUUGAUGAAGGUGUACGAGAAAUUGUUUCAUUGGUUGAGGACUUCUAUGGAAAUGAUGGCAACACAGCAUUUAUCUUGACUUCUGACCAUGGAAUGACAGAUUGGGGGACUCAUGGGGCAAGUCAUCCAUCAGAAACAUUAACGCCCCUAAUUGCUUGGGGAGCAGGAAUCAAAUAUCCUCAGACAGUUACUGCACAGCCAUAUGAAGAUACAUUUUUAAAAGAAUGGAAGCUGGAGACGUGGAGGCGGCAAGAUGUGAACCAGGCUGACAUUGCACCACUGAUGGCUUCCCUUAUUGGAGUUCCUUUUCCUCUGAACUCAGUGGGUGUUUUACCACUUGAAUACUUGAAUAAUACUGCCCAUUUUAGGGGAGAGAGCAUGUUUACUAAUGCUGUUCAGAUUCUUGAACAAUUUAAGGUUAAGAUGGUUCAGAAGAAGAAAACCACGUUAUCAUUCUUGUUUUCACCAUUUAAGCCUCUCUCUGAAUCAGAGCAAAUUGAUAUUCUGAGAAAAACAAGGGUAUCUAUUCAGCAUGAGAAAUAUGAGGAAGCUGUAUCACUCUGUAGAAAGCUAAUUCACCUUGCUUUAGAUGGCCUCUCUUAUUACCAUACGUAUGACAGAUUUUUCCUCGGCAUGAGCAUCACCAUGGGUUUUGUAGGCUGGACACUUUAUGUGAUUCUGAUUAUAAUAAAGUCAGAUACAAGCAUGACCAGGAGUAUAUCAAAGAAUAAGGUACCUAAUAGAUUUUUCCAGUAUGUAUUUCCAGCUAUUGGAAUUUUGAUAGCCAUUUUUCUCCUCAUUCAAAGUUUACCUUGGACCUACUACAUAUAUUGCCUAUUACCAGUCCCUGUAUGGUAUGCAGUUUUAAAAGAAUAUCCUGUCAUCCAUGUAUUGAUCAGAUUUCUCUUGAAUGUUCAGCGGACUCAAUUUGCUGGAUUCUUAGUAAUGUAUGCCGUGGGGAUUGAAAUAUUAGUUUUCUCCUUCUUCCAUCGCUCCGCUCUCACCUUUGGCCUGAUUGCCUUUUCUGUGUGGCCUGUGGUCAUUCGGCUGUGGAUCCAAGCAAAGGCAACAGUGCUAGGUUGGAUUCUUUCAUGUUUGCUCCUGGCAAUCUUCCCCUUGAUGCCUGUGGUAGGAAGAGAGUCAAAUAUCUCUUUGGUAACAGCAGCUGGCUUGCUUACUCUAUUGAUAGCUUUGUCCUACCUAGUGACAUUGUUUCGGAAGAACAAAAAUAAAUAUUUGCAUCAUAAAGAUCUCAAAAUAUAUCUAUUUCAGUUGCUGAGUCUGGUGGCAUCGACAUACAUUGUGAACAGUACUCAUAGUAGUCUUCACAGCAAACAAGGAUUGCCUAUAAUAAAUCAGGUUAUCAGCUGGUUGACAUUAGUUUCAUCCUUGAUAGUGCCACUCCUGAGUCCCACUUUUCUGUUCCUGAGGCUGCUGAGCAUACUUCUUUCUUUGAUGUCAACUUACCUUCUCCUUAGCACUGGGUAUGAAGCUCUUUUCCCUCUGGUGUUGGCUUUGUUGAUGUUUGUGUGGAUAGACAUGGAGCACGAAGCAAUCCAACAGUAUGGAAUUUCAUUUAAAUCUAAGCUUUCUGUUCUCAGCUUUUCGUACACUACGGAUAUAACCCAGCUCCAACCACUUCAUGUGGAUGACAUCAGAAGAGCUUUUUUCUUUGUUUUCUUCAUAGUGACAGCCUUUUUUGGCACUGGAAAUAUAGCUUCUAUUAACAGCUUUGAUCCAACCUCGGUAUAUUGCUUCUUGACUGUGUUCAGCCCUUUCCUGAUGGGAGGCUUGCUAUUAUGGAAGAUUGCAAUCCCCUUUGUUCUGGUGUCAUGUGCUUUUGAAGUUAUUCAAGUCACAACCCAGCUAUCAUCUAAAAGAGAGAGGAGUAGAUUGGGUGAUUGAGGAAAUUUCAGUUUGGCAUAUAUAUACCUCCAUGUGGAGAGAUUGCAUCAAUGAUUUAAGUUGCAUCUUGGAGAAGAGAAAUGCAGAUCAGCUCUCCCUCUGUGCAAUCGCUUUCCUGCUGAGUAGGUAAAUGUUUGAACCCAGCUGUAAAACUGAUACUUACUGCCUCCCAAAUCAAGAAAUCUCAGUGCCAUUAUUAGUGCUGUCAAUACAAAUUGAUUUUGAUCUUGAUGCUCUUGUGUAUCUGUCAAAUCUAUGCAAAGGAGAGGCGAUAGAUCAUCACUGCCUGUUCUGACAGUGUUCAGUGAUUUGAUGGUAUCCAACUGGGUUAUCUGUUUUGCAAAGAGAAAUAAGCUUGUAAGCAAAUUUGCAUGAACUGUUUUUUGUCUCGUUUUAAUGGCAUUCUAAGGUAAAGUUAAUUUACAAAACUGAUCUUGAUAAUAUGACUGGAUAUAAUUUGUUAGAGGCCAUUGUGAUCAUCUUGCUUUAAUGCCAUAAUGUAGCACAUUUUAAUGAGAUUUCACACUCUAACUGAUAGCACUUUUAUAAUUCUUACAAAUUAAAUUAUUAUAGUUAAUGACCCAUCUCUUUUUCCAGCUACUAGGUCAGCUAUAUGCAUCAUUUCAGCACAAUGCUGUGGUAAAACCACUCAUUAGUGAUUUAGAACAGUAUCCACAUCGCAAAAUAUUUCAAUUACUUAAUGAAAAGAUAAUGAUAAUGCAAAGGUCUUUAGUGGUAUUUAUGUUUACUUGCUCCUAGUCUUCUUGUUUCUCAUUAAAAUGUGCUUUCCCAGACAAAAGUGUCUUGGGUACCUCAGACACAGGUAACUACUUUCUUAGGCUUCUUAAGGCUAAGUUGAAAUCAAUAGUCAACCAUUUAUAAACCUGGUGGACAUCAUUUUAGGCCUUUGUGACAGAGACACAGUGACAAAUACUAGUAAAAGUUCUGGUGCAACCCAAAUAGCUUUACUACUCCUUUGUUCCAUAAAAGCUUUGUUUCAGUCUUUACCUAAACAUGGAAUGGCCUGAAUCACUUAGGGAGCAAGGGCAUACAUUCAACUCCUGUCCCAGGGAUGCACCAACUUAGAUUUGUGUGUUGUCUGAAAAGUAUUUUCUAAACAAUUUCAACUAAAAGCCUCUCUGUAUCUGCCCCUGCCUUGUACAUACAGCAAUUAUGUGUUUUUAACAAACUUCCAUUUCACUUCAUGCCUGAACAGGGGUAAAGGUUGAAAGGGUGCUACAGAAAAAAGGUUAUUUAAGUAUGAAGGUGUCAGAACUUAGGCCUAGAAACUGUAGUUAGAGGUUUUCCAUUCCUGAUGUAGGUUGAACUAAAACAAUCAGCUCCCAGGUGUAAUAGGCAAUUGUGAAAAUUUUGCAAAAUAAUAAAUAUUGCUAUAAAAUAAGCAUUGCUAUGAAUAAUUAUGAUGUAUGGUUAUCUCAUUAUUUUGAUUUGUAUGUAUAAUUGUUCAACGAAUCCAGAAUACCACACAUAGAACUCAUGCUAAUCUACCUACAAUUCAAGUGAAUGUCCUCAAAUCAUUCAAUGCAUUUCGUGGGGUGAAUGGAUUUGAACCAAAUCCCCAUUUUGAAAACCAUUUUGUGUUUUGUUUCCUGUAUUGCCAAUUAAGCAUAACCUCCUUUCAUCUCUGUUUUCCUGGAACUAUAUAGUGUGGGUUCCUGGCAGGCCUGAGAUCACAUUUAUAGUAGCAACAAAUAUUCUGUCCUUGUAAGCUGUGCUCAGUUAUACAUUUGAUAGUCAAAGUUAUGUAAAAGUGCAAAGGGGCAGUGUUGCCCAACACUGCCUGGUUUGAA